AUGACUAAUGAUUUUAUUUAUUGUCGUACACAAUCAGAUUUUAUUGAUUCAAUAUUUGAUACAGUUAAACAACAUGAUGGUUAUUUAUUAAGUGAAUUACUUAAUGUUAUACGUAUGUAUCAAAUAGAUGAUCUUGAUUUUAAUGAUUAUAUUGAACCAAAUUUGGAUCAACAAUUAAUUAAUGAUCAAGAUUUUCUUUGGAAAUUAUUAAGUCAACAUCAUUGGAGUGUUUGUUAUUAUUUACAUUUAAAUGAUAUUGAUCGAGCUUUUCGUCAUCAAUCAAAAAAAUUUUCUUGUCUUAUGUCAAUAUUUAAUGGAUAUUUAAAUCGUUUAUCUAAUACAACAUUUUCUGAUGAUAUUCAUGAUACAGAUCAUCAAAUAAAUUCAUCAUUAAAUGAUGAUGAACCAUCAUGGUUAUUACCGGUUUUUAAUCGUAUUGCACAUGAAUUACGUUUACUUGCUUUACCAGGAAAUGAUGAAUUAAAUAAUGAUGAUAAUGAUACAUCAGAUAAUAUGAAUACAAAUAGUACAAUACAAACAUAUAAUAGUCAAUUAAUAAGUGCAUUAGGUUCUAUACAAAGAUUUCCAUUAACAAAUAAAUUACGAAAAGUUGGCAUUUUUAUUAUUGUUAAUCAAAUGUUAAAAGCAUAUUAUGCUUUACAUAAAUUUAAUUUAUGUACUUAUUUCAUUUCAAAAACUGAUCGUCCAUUAAAACAAUAUAUGCAAGAAGAAAAUACACAACAAGAACGUCGUUUUUCAUCUUAUGUAUUAACAUAUCGUUAUUUUCUUGGUAAACAUUUAUUACUUCAACAUAAUUAUAAAUCAGCUAGUGAACAUUUUGAUUAUGUAUUUACAAAUUGUUUGGAUUCAAAAAAAAGUGGUAGUAUUAAAAAUAAACAACAAUCAUUAUUAUAUUUAGUUCUAGUUAAAAUGUUACAUGGUUCAACACCUAAAAUGGAUAUACUUGAAAAAUAUCAAUUAAAUGAAUUAAUUGAUUUAAUUGAACCAAUACGUAUUGGUUCAUUAAAAUUAUUUAUUGAUAAAAUAAAACAAUAUGAACAAUUUCUAUUUAAUAGUGGUUUAUUUUUUUUAAUUGAAAAUUUAAAAUUAAUAACAAUAAGAAAUUUAUUUCGUAUGUAUAUAUAUCAAAUUGAUCAACAACAAACAGAUAAAAUACCAUUAGAAACAACAUUAUUAUUAUUAUUAAAUUAUGGUUUUGAUAAAGAAAAUUUUUUUACAAUUAAUGAACUUAUUGAUAUAUUAAAUAGUAUGAUACAAAAAGGGAUGAUUAAAGGUUAUAUAUCAUAUAAAUUUCGAACAUUAGUUGUUAGUAGAAAAGAUCCAUUUCCAAAAAAUUUUCGUUUUACUUCAUUAUUAAAUUAA